AUGGGAAUUAAGACAUACCUUCCAUAUAUUAAGCCAUUGUUUCUUGGGUUGUGUUUCUUUUUGUUAUUGUGUGGAUAUCAAACCACUCAAAAUUUUCAAUCAGGAAUUAAUAAGAGUGAUGGGUAUAUUUCUGUUGCAUUAGUGUAUGGUUUUUGUGGUAUUGGUCAGUUUGUUUCACCAGUUCUUGUAGAUUUCUUAACUCCUAAAUACUCUUUAUUCUUUGGAGGUGUUUGUUAUGUAUUUUAUAUUGCAACAAACGUAUAUUUAAUUCGUUCAUUAUAUUUUAUAGCAUCAGGGAUAUGUGGGUUUGGGUCAUCACUAAUAUGGGCUGCUUCAAGUACAUUACUUUCCGGAUAUGAACAAAAACGUUCACACCCAUCAUACAUUUACACUUUGUUUUACGUACCAGUUUACUUUAAUUUUCUAGGAAAUAUUAUCCCAUUAAUCUUUUCACCAUCAACUCCUGCUAUAUUAUUUAUGGUAUUAACGCUUGUUGCUGCUUUUGCUGUAAUUCUCUUUUUAUGUUCUUUUGAUUCUCCCCCUGUUCCAAUGGAAAAUAUGAAAGAAUUAUUAUUAUCUUCUUUAAAAUGUUUUUUAAAUUGGAGACUUGUUCUUUUAUUUCCAUUAGCUUUAUUAUUUGGAUUUAGUCGUUCAUUUUAUUAUACUUCAAUGCCAGUUCUUGCACCAUUAAAUGUGACUUCAUAUAUAUAUAUUUGUAUGGGAAUAACAAUGACAUUAUCUACUUUUUGUUGGGGAUUUCUUAAUAGUAAAUUUACAGAAAGAAUAACAUUAUUUAUAUCUGUUUUUGCAGAGGCUCUUGCUGUUGUUCUUGGUUUUGUUAUUAAUGAAGUUUAUCUUCAUAACACUUCUAAUGUACCACAAAAUGAUAUUGGGCUUAAUAUUUGUGUUUGUGUACUUGGUGGUAUUGCUGGAAUUGCUGAUUCAGGAUUAGAAAGUAUUACCAUUGCUCUUUUAAAUAAAAUUUGGCCAAAACAAGUUGCUCCAUUAAGUGCAUGGAGAGUAGUUUAUUAUUCAGUGAUGUGUAUUGCGUUAUUGUAUUCAUCAUAUAUCACGACAAGAAUUGUUUUAAUAAUCUUUGGAGCAAGUGCCAUAUUUGGAUUAAUAACUUUAGUUUUUAUUGCUGUGAUGUAUAACAAAAUUUAUAAACAAUAUGAAUUAAAAAAUAAUGAAGCACUUAAACAACAUGAAAAAAUUCGUGAAGCUACAGCUAUAAUUAACCAAGAAUAUAAUUAA